AUGGAGGAAUCCGGCGCGCGGGGCGCUGGUGCCGGCACCGGGCGCAAGAAGCUGAAGCACCGCCUCGCGGCGAUCCUCUCGGUGUUCUCCCGGCGCGCGGGGGGCGGCGGCAGGAAGCGCCGCGACAACGAGGGCGAGGCGAAGCCGCCGCCGCCAUUGGCAUUCCCGUCCUACUCCCGCCUCGGCAGCGGCAAGAAGCAGCCCGGGGGUGGGGGUGGGAAUGGGAAUGGGAUCGUCGACCGCCGCCUGUCCCUCUCCGCGCCGCGGGUCCACAUCACCAUCGACUGCGCGGGCCGCCGCUCCGUCGACGCGGCCGACCCGUCCCUCCUCGCGCUCGACGCCGCGGACGCCGGCAGGAAGGCGGAGCGGCGGUCCACGGCCGCCGGCGGGCUGCCGCACGAGACCGGCGGCGAGUGGGAGGGCCGCAAGUGCCCGCCGUCGUCCCCGUUCGUGGCGCACCUGCCGCCGCUGCCGCCGGUGGCGAGGUGGAAGGAGCGGGCCAGCACCAACACCAACAGCGCCUUGCGCCGGCUGGUCAGCAGCUCGUCCUCCGACGACGAGUACGACGAGGACUCGAGGAACCUCUUCUCGUCGCGGAGCUUCUCGUCCGACUCGUCCGACUUCUACAACUGCCCGCGCAAGAACACCACCACCACCAGGGCGCGCGCGUCCGUCUCGGGCCCGUGCCGCGCGCCGCCGGCACCGGCCUCCGCCGCGCGGCGCCGCGGCGCGUCGCAGAGCUGCCGGUACAGCUUCGAGCUCCCGCGUGGCUCCACGGCGUCCGCCGCGACGGACGGCGGCUUCGCGGUGGUGAAGCGCUCCGCCGACCCGUACGAGGACUUCCGCAAGUCCAUGCAAGAGAUGAUCGCCGCCGAGUGGCCCGCUGCCGGCGGGGACGGCGAGGGGGACCACAGCGCGGAGCGGCUGCUGGAGACGUACCUCGUGCUCAACUCGCCGCGGCACUACCCGGCGAUCCUCGCGGCGUUCGCCGACGUGCGGGAUACGCUCUUUCCAUGA